AAUGAAUCGAGAGUUAGUACUAUUCAGAAAUGAAUUGCCCCUUCUGUCUGGUAGAUACUGUGUACUAAUGGGGUGUUAGCAGCAAGUAUCCCAUCAUCAUCAACAUUAACGCUUGCUAGAUUUGUUUGAGGCCUCUGACUCUUCUCAUGGAAGACUCGUCCUGUCUUAAACGAGACCAACACAGUCACUAGCACCCAUUGGCAUUUUUAUAGAAGAAAACUCCUGAGCACCCGCCGAACCCAAGGUUCGAACCCGGGUGGGCAGCGUGCGCUCCCGCACGCCUUGCCACCAGACCGACGGUCUGUUCUCAAGACUCGUCCUGUCUUGAUGUAGUAGUAAACCAACUUUCUCCUGGUGUUGCAAAUAGUACUAGACAUAGUAAUUUCCUCCUAGCAUGCUAGCAGCUUCUAAGCGAAUUUCUUCCUUCUUGGUGUUGCUAAUAGAGGAGUCUUCUCCUACUAGUAUGUUACCAGUUGCUUAGUGUGAUCUGCCGUAGCAUCUGCUUGUCUAUUCCCGGUUGACAUGCAUUACUUGUGUUUUCUUUCCUUUACCAUUGUUUUCUAACUUCUUUUGGAGAGACUGACUUCAGUUUGUACCAGAGUAAACAGGUUAUUGGCUGGCUAUCAGGGACACGGCAAGAUGUCGGUAGCCAAGAAUGAAGAGGUUUGCACUCAUCAACUUGGACUGCGGUUGGGUGAGCCAGUUGCUGACGUUCCUAUUAAGAAAAGGCCGUUUUUAUUGUCCGAUAAAUCAGUUCCAUCUGCAAUGCCGCUGUCGAUGAAGCCCUCGUCUAAUUCCACGGGGCUGUCUGCCUCGGCUGCUGGGGCAGGCUGUAGCAAUGAGCCUUUCUUGAAUAGAUCGAAAUCUGAUAUUCCCAACAGAUCAUUUACUUCAUCCGCGACCGAGAAGCAAGGACUUAAUGGCUCAAGCGAGGUCCCCUCUUGUGGAGGGAGUGUUGCUCCCAUUGCCAAAUCGCAGAGUCAGAAGUUUCUGACGUUGGAUUUACAGUUAGCGUCUCGUCAGAGUGCCAAAAUUAACUCUAUUUCCCCUGUCAAGAAAGAGAAGGUAGAUCAGGGGUUUUCUAUCUUUCCUUCAGCAAUACCUUCCAAGGAUGUUCAAACAACAACUGCCAUGGAAUCUCCUUCUAACAGUAGCUUGGGAAAACUCUCUAAUUUGGAUCUUAAUGUAUCAUUGCACCCAGUUGACCAUCUUGAAGUCGUGCCUACAAUGCACACAGGUCAUAAUGUACUCCAUCAUACAACAUUUCAGCAUCAGAAGGCACAGGUUCCCCUAGUGGCAUCAUUAUCUACAACAAGCAGCCGACUGAGUAUGAAUAUUGGCAGUACUCUGAACCUGUCCAAUGAAUAUGAUUGUUCUAACAAUAGUGGAGCAGCUGAUGUUACCUUAGAUUUGCAACUUAAACCACCAACUAGACCGGAGCUUGGAAUAAGCUGGAAAGGACUUGCUCCUGAUCCAGAACUAAGCCUCUCUCUAUCUGGUCACACACCCAAGGGUCUGAAUGUUCGCGAUGCUAUAUUUACAUCUGAACCAGUUGGGAUGACCAAAAUUGUCAGCGAGGAGGUUGCUACACCAAUCUCUGAUAAAUCACCAGUCGAGAAGAUUCUGAAACCUGUUCCGUGUAAUGCAAACCCUGACACAGCCAUGCCAUCAACAGUUUCUGGAAAUAUGCAGAUAUUAUCCAGUAGCUUGGUGAAGAAAGAGCCUGAAGAACCUCCACGGAAACAUAUUCAGAACAACAUAAAGAAGGCACCUCUCUGUGACCAGCAAAGUGUUGGACAGGUUAGCAACUGUGCUGAAUUUGAAAAAGCUGGCAAUACAUACCAAGUGUGUCGUAAAGCUGGCUUUGAUUUGAACUCUGGGAAUUUCCCAAAUAAUAUCUGCAAUGGACUGGAGGUAGUGACUGAUAGUGUUCCUGUACAAACGGGCAAGUUAUCUGAUGCCGUUCGCACUGAGAAUAUGCCUGCUGUUUCUGAUGUUGGGAAAUUUAUCAAGCAUGAAGAAGUCACAACUAAUAUCCCGAGUCCUGUGAUUACAACAAUAAGUGGCCAGUCUGUGUCAUCCAUUGCUAAAUCAUUCCUUUCGAAAGGCUCUAAUCCUAUCAAGUCUAGAACUGAUUAUAAACCAACAGCUAGUCUUCAUGCUCGUGAAAAUGUGACUCGCAAGCCUUGUGAUACUAAAGAAUCUUGUGAUGUAUCCAGAAGUUCCUCAAACCCUACAGCUGAUUCUUUUGUUUUCAAAUCUCUGCUCCGUCCUGUAUUGGAUGGUAUGUCUCAAGGGAGUGCUUCAAUGGACUGUUCAGAUGACGUUGACAAUGCUGUUUCACAGUUGCCUACUACCAAUAAGCCUCUUGCUGAGUCACUGGUUAACAGUCAAAUCACUGAGACUAAUAAUUUAAGCGUGGCGCUACAGAAGGAAGAUCAUGAUAUGCAUCAUGAUUGCUCAUCUGUGACAAAUAAGGUUCACAUCCAGGGCCUUGAUGAUGUGAAGCGUGCUAAUUCUAAAGUUGUCAUUGCCACGCACUCUGGUGAGGAGCAUGAAAGUGAGGUUUCUGUUAAUGGGAAAUACAGAGUCAAACAAAUGUUGACAUCAGAAAAGAGCUUACCAAUAAAUAAUACUGAUGUUGCCAUGCAACAUGUUAAUAUUGCCACGUCUUCAGCAGAUCUUAGAAGAUCACCAUCUUUGGGAACUUCAAGUUCCCCUAAAAUAUACUCUACUGGGCCAUCUCACAAGAAAUUUGAUAACACUGUCGAGAAGAGUAGAAUGGCAGUGAUAAAAUCUGAAAGGAGCCAGUCUCCUGAUGGCAAGCAAGCUGCUAACUGUAGUGAGGGCAAUGGAAAAAUUGGUGCUGUAAAGAGUGAGCAUGGGACAGAAACUGAAGAUAUUGCUAGAGCCUCUAAUUUGCAGCCAAGUGAUUCAGUUCUGGGUGAAGAAGAUUCAUAUCUUGAUGGAGCUUCAACCAGUCAACCUCAUGAUGGAAGUACAAAGUUGCAAUCAGUGGGUGAAGGGUCAGAACAUGAAAAAUCCAAACCUGACUCUAGCAUGACAUCUGCUGUACAGAAUGAAAAAGAUGGACAGGUUAAUGAAUCACAUUGGCGAGAUGUGGCAAAUGCCUAUGUGAAUAGGAAUGAAAGAUGGGAGCGGUUCAUGAAAUCUGAGCGAGAGAAGAAGGGAGAAUACCAUGGUGGCAGACAAGCAUACGACAUGAACAAUCAACGUAGGAUGGACCACCGUUAUGGUGGUCGUGGUGGUAGAUAUCAUGGCCAUCCAAGGAACUUCCGGGGUCCAAGAAUGAACGACGAUUCUGAAAUUGACUUUCCAGAUGAACCUAUUACUGGCAGAAGGCGGCCAUUUGAUAAUGACUUUGGGCAUUUGCACCGAAAUCCGCAUAGGCGGUUACGUUCGCCACCGAAUCAGAUGCCUGGGUUCCUCAUGAGAGGUAUGGAGCAUGGCCCUAGGCUACAGAUGGAUGAUAUCCCAGAUGAGAUGAUGGAAGAGAGGUUUUUCGUGCCCCAUCCCCAUCAACAUCACGCACUAGGUGAUCAUGAAUUUAUUCAUAGGGACAGGAGCCAUUCACCUGGGCAAAGAAGGGGUGCUCCUACGCAUUUCCACCGGGGACGAUCCUCUGAAACGAUGAACAGGUCACCACCGUUAAACAAAACUGACAGACCAUAUUUACCCCACCAACGUCACAUGCGACGCCGUGUUUCACCACCUUUUGACCGAGUCGGACAUGAUGAGAGAGGUAUGCAGAGGAACAUGAGGAGGUGUGGCAUGCAUCAAGGUGGCAGGGAAGGUGACAACUUUGAGCCACCUUUACAUCCUGCUCAGCUUGCUGAACUACAUGCAGAGGCUGAACAUACAGAAAGAAGGAAGUUUGGGGAGAGGCGGGCGUAUCGCCGGUCCAUGGAAGAGAGCCCUUCCGAUGACGAAGAGAUGCUCUUGUACCACGGAGAUGGUGACAUGGAGUUUGCUGACGGUGAUGGCGGCCCACGGGAGCCUGAUGGCCGCUUCAGGAACAGACCGGAGCACCGGUCGAGGGGCGAGCAAGAAGACGGCGGCUACAAGUUCCGUGGUCCUCAGGGUUGUCGUGGUGGCAGCAACUCUAGUGACAGUAAAUCGAAGAAGCGGAGGUACUGACUGAUCUAGUCGUCGGGAACUGCCACCGGUAUGAAGUGAAUCUAGACUAAUACAAUACAUAGUGGCAAGCAUUUUGAUCCAGCCGCCGCUUCUCUUAACCAGAUGAAGAAGUGCUUGCUGAUCAUGCCCCUCGUCCUAUAUUGGUUUGUUUGUUGCGUUUUUUCUCAGGAGAUAUGCUGCAGCUUAACAUCCACAUGCAGCUGAAGCUUCUUGAACAUUCCGCAAAUGCUACACAUAUUAUACUGCUUGGUAUAAGCUGAAGCUAACUUGUCAACAUGGAGGCGAAACCAACGUUUCUCGCUUAAGCAGAGGAUAGUAAAGGGGACGACCUGUCCUUGCUCCUUCCUCAGGAAUGUUCAUUUGUUUUGCUUAAAUUAGGCAAGGAGAAGUGUCUUUAUCUCUGGGCUAAAGCUACUUGCAGUCUCGCAGGGUAUUGGUAGGGCAACUUGUAUUAAAGUGGCUGUCUCUAUAGUUUGGUAUGAUCUAGAAAGGCAGUUGGGAUAGUGGGAUACGGAUGCCCAUUGUGGAUCUGCAUAACUAGAACAUGUUGCUGUCUUGGACCUGA